AACAGCCGCCUGAACCUGGUGCUCACCCGCUGCCUCGGUGUGUAGUAUCGCUCAGCAUGGGCCCUGCGCGCAACUUCCUCCUAUUGGCCAGCCUUGCUCUUCUGGUGCGCCUCAGUUUGGCCAGGAGCCUCCCCAGGUCCACAGCAGUCGCAGAGACGUUCCAGUGCCUUAACCACUCCCAGAACCUGCUGAGGGCUGUGAACAGCACGCUUCAUAAGGCCAGAGAGACCCUUAAAUUUUACUCCUGCACCCCUGAAGAGAUUGAUCAUGAAGAUAUCACAAUAGACAAAACCAGCACGUUGAAGGCCUGUGUCCCCCUGGAACUAGUCAAGAAUGAGAGCUGCCUGGCUUCUGGGAAUACUUCUUUCAAAACUAAUGGGAGUUGCCUAACUUCUGGAAAGACCUCUUUUAUGAUGGCCCUGUGCCUUAAUAGCAUCUAUGAGGACUUGAAACUGUACCAACUGGAGUUCAAGGCAUUGAAUGCAAAACUUUUGAUGGAUCCUCAGAGCCAGAUCUUUCUAGAUCAAACCAUGUUCUCAGCUAUCGAUGAGCUGAUUCAGGCCCUGAAUGCCAACAGUGAGACUGUGCCACAAGAAACUUCCCUUGAAGAACCAGAUUUUUAUAAAACUAAAGUCAAGCUCUGCAUACUCCUUCAUGCUUUCAAAAUUCGUGCGGUGACCAUCGACAGGAUGAUGAGCUACCUGAGUUCUUCCUAAAAGGCUGAGGUCCCUCCCAACCUCAGUGUCCCUUUUAUAAAAUUUGACCCAAGGAAAUGUUAAUAAGCUGGGGGUUAGGAACUGGGGAGGGAGAGAGAGAGCCCCGGUCAUACUGAAGCUCCUGAGAGAAGACUCUUGCUUCUAUUGUAUCAGUGUACCCCAUCUGAUGGGGCUGUGGCCACACAAGUGACUCUCACAUUUACAUUUAAUAUUUAUUAUUUUUAAGAAUUUUUUAAGUUCUUAUGAACAAAUUGCCACUGAGAAAAAAUGUCCUUCCUGAAUUUCUUUCUUUCUCUUUACUAGAAGAACAAGAACUGAUAAGCUAUUUCUAUACCAGUGUUUGUAGAAACACUCAAGCAUAAUUUAUUUGAA